GUGGCAUCAUUUUUCCACUUAUUCUUCCGAGUCAGUGCGAUAGUUGUCUAUCUGCUCUGUGAGCUCUUAACUAGCAGCUUUAUUGCCUGCAUGGUGACAAUUAUCCUCCUCUUGUCGUGUGACUUUUGGGCUGUAAAGAAUGUUACUGGGCGGCUGAUGGUUGGCCUUCGCUGGUGGAACCAGGUGGAUGAUGAUGGUAGAAGUCACUGGAUAUUUGAAGCCAGGAAGGUGUCAGCACAAGGGAGUAAAACCUCAUCAGAAGCAGAGUCCCGCAUUUUCUGGUUAGGUCUAAUCACCUGUCCUAUGAUCUGGGUGAUAUUUGCUUUCAGCGCUCUCUUUUCUUUCAAAGUGAAAUGGCUGGCAGUGGUUGUGAUGGGAGUGGUGCUUCAGGGAGCCAACCUUUAUGGUUAUAUCAGGUGUAAAGUUGGCAGUAGAAAGAACUUGACAAGCAUGGCGACCAACUAUCUUGGAAAGCAGUUCUUACGGCAGCAGACUGUGGCUAAAGAGGAUCAAACUGCAUCCUGAGUAUGGUGGGAGCCUCAAGCCAGACCGGAUUCACAGUAGUGAACAACAGAGAAUGUUGCUGUGACCAUGAGAUUUGGAAGCUGCAUAUGUGAGCUGUUGAGGUGUGAAUUAAAAGAAGUAAAUAAAUUGUGCAAGACUUCAGGUUAACACUCCUAGCAACUUAUAUUUGAUUUCCUACUAGCAGUUUGGUUAAGUCCUUUCUUUAGUUUGAUUGAUUAGAAUUAAUUUGCCUAAACUUGAAAUUAAAAAAUAUCCUAGGUGGCUCUCAUAAAGGCUUAGAACUACUGGACGAGUUAAGAGGAAAUUGCUGGACAUUCUUCUUCAGAUAAACCAUGCACAAGCCGAGCCUUCUGUUAUCCAAGAACUCCCCCGGCUCCCCCAGCAGUUGGUGCCUCAGAUAAUUUCAGUUGUGGAUGUUGCUGCGUUUUGUUCUUGGAGGUCAUUGCUGCUUCUGUUACGAAGUUUAGGUAGUGCUCUUUUGGCUCCGCAUCUCUCUCAUUCUGUGAUUUGAACAGCGCUGAGGUGGUUGCAGUGAAGGACACCUAAAGGAAAUGUUGCUAUUGGCUUAGUGGGAAGAUUGUUGAAGUCUCAUGGAAGCUGUAGAAAGUGACUUCUGAGCAGCUCUGGUCUUUUAUUUAUCUGAAGCAUUCUCGGAGGUCUCAGUAACAUCUUAAACCCCUGGAUUUAUGGGAAGUCCCUCUUCUACCUGAAGGCCCGUGUCCGUAUGGAGAAUGUAGCAAGCGUAAAACCAGUUCACGAGGAAGGUUGCAGGUACAAUUUCAGAGACAGAGGAAAUCUGAGAGCCAUCGUUUCCUGACAAAUGCUGUUCAAGUGAUGCCAUCUGGCGUCGUCUUGGCGCCGCGCAGUAGCACAAGUUUGGUGCCGCAGGUCUUUUCCUUGGCCAGGAGGGUGUAGGGCAAUGUGGUCUGCAGUUUCCUUACCAGCCCCUUGGCACAGGGUCGCAGGGAAUGGGACUGACAGGGGUUUACGUUUCUUGAAUCCAUGCAGCGCGUCCUUAAGCCAUGGUCCCCAAGGAGUCUGUGGGCUGGAAGAAAAACCUUUUGUAGGAUCGUGAAAUGUUGUCUGGCAGUGUUCACCUGGAUGGCCAAAAGUGGUGUGUUUUGUGUGAAAAGCUGUAUGAAAGGGGUCAGUUCCUUCUUGUCAUGUAAUUCUGUUGAAGGCAGAUUGUGCUUUUGCAGCGACGGAUAUUGUAACCUUCGGAUGAGGUAUUUUAAAUUAAGAAUGUGGUUUCUUUGUGAAUAAUGGGUAUUGUAAAUGGUGGGAUUGCAUUAACAUGAUUUCUCUCCCUGUAGCAAUACGUGGGAGCUGUACAUUUGUUUAACUCUUUGGAUUGAUAACUUCCUUUUGUAAAUACAUAUUUAUAAAAUCUUGAAAUUAAAAUAAUGCUUUGUUUAACCAGACCAGAUAGCCCUUCCACAAUUCAUGGCUGAGCUCUGUUUAUACACUGUGUUCUUGUGAUGUCGUUUUAACAGGGGUUGCUCGUGAAGUUAAACGGUGCUGUUGAGCGAGCUCUGGCACAGCUCCUUUCACCCAAGGGUCUUGGACAGUUUUCCCUUUGCAAGCGCUUUCUUCGUAAGCCUGCUGGAGUUGUUAUCGUGCAGAGAUAAAGUAAUUGUCACUCUGUACGGUUCAGCUGGAGUGGCUAAGAUGCUCUGUCUGAGGGCAUUGGGAGGGCCCCUCUGCCCUGGCUCGCUCCUGGCAGCUGGCAGCGCACUACGGUAAAUGCUUCUGCCGCCACAUAGCAGGAACUUCUAGUCCCCAUUUACAUGACUUAUUUCUAAGGAAUGAAUGUAAACAAGCAAAUGAAGUCAGUCGCUGAAGUAAAGGUGCUUCUGCAGCCAUGUGGGGACGCACAACAGCAGCGUCUGGCCCAUACGGCACGAUGGAACGGAAAUCCUUUCUGCUCCAGUCCAACAAGCCCCAGUUUGCUGCUGCUGUUGGAGGGACGGCACAGGCUCUGGCACAGCUCCAGCCACAAGGUAGUUGUUUUAAAAUUUGUUGAAAGUUUUGGACUUGAUGUUUAUUCUCCUACUGCCAGAGCUCCCCCCAAACUGCUGGAAAAGAGGGUUUUUCUGGCAGUUGCAGUUUAUUUAAUCAAAGACAGAAGCAUUUAGUAGUAUGUGCCUUUAAAUAUAGCCCUCUAGCUUAUUUUUAUCCUCUUGGCAAACGUUCAGUCUUCUGGCUUCUU